AUGAUCACUCAGGAGGAAAUGGAAUACUUUAACACAAGAGACGCGUCUGAAUGGUCUCUGCUUGGAUUCUUAGAAUGGCGGUCGCAAUUUUCGGACUUCUCAAAUAAAAUGGCCGAGCACGGUGUCUUUUAUUCCCUCGUUAAGAAAAUUAUAAACAAAAGUGGAAACAAAUCAGAGGUGGCGCGAAAAGCAAUCACAAAUCUGAGGGAUGAAAAGGCCUCGGUAGAGGUGAGAAAAUUUUGGAAUAAUCGAGAAAUGGCAAAAUUGCAGGAGGUAAUACAACUUCAGCAGUUAGAAAGGCAGAAGAAUAUCGGACGAAUCGAGGCUUCCGAUUGGAACUACGUUCUUGAUCGAGAUGAAGAACUAAAUUCGCAUGCUCAACUUGUUCGGAAGGGGAGACGGCACAUUCUUGCUUCAGGUAGUCCAGAGGUCACUUCGCUGGUUGCUCCAGAUGAGACGCCGCGUAAGGGAUUGAGCAGUAAGAAUAGUAAUAGUAAUACGGACAGUGAAGUCCUCAAUGUGCAACUAAAGCGCAAAUCUGCGAGUGAUGACCCUAUACUUGAUCAGUGCCGAACAAAAAAAAGACUUUCCAGUGUUUCCCCGACUCCACAGGCGGCAUCAUCUCAAAUGCAAAUGAGUGAUGUUUGGUCUGACGACGAUGCCGAAUUGGAUAUAUUGGCUGGGAUGUUGUCACAUGAAAGCCCAGUCAUCAUCAACGAUACGAAGGGACUGAAGCUAGGAUUGCCACCUCGAAGCGAAUCCAGAUGGCUUAUAAACGGGAUUGAUGUCUCGGAAAAAUGGCAUCGAUUUAAAGAGAAAUCGUUGGAGUUAGCGACAGAGAGUGGCCUUUUAGUAGAGAGUCACACUCAAGAAAUAUUGUCUUUGUCGCAUAUUUUGCUUCUAAAACCAAAGCAACAUUCCCCGUUAAUGGUGGAAGUGUUUGGCAAAGAUCUCUUAGAAAUGAUGUUCAGAGACAUGCUGCAUAGAUUCACUAAGCAGGAGACAGAAUUUGAUUUUGAAAUGUUUACAAAGCUUAUGCAGAUUGUGAAGCAACUGCAGCAGGAAAAGUUUACAAGAGAUAUUGCAGUUGCAGAACUUCAAAAGCUAAUGAUUGGUUGUUCAUCUCGAGAGGUCACUAUUUUGAAGGCCAUCAGAAACAUCAUAGAAAAGGUUCCAAGAACAGCCUUGAAAAGCCCUGUUGGAGAAGUAGAACUUUGCAUGACAUAUAUCAAUCCAGUCUUGGCACCCAUUUUUGCCAACCCUGACCUUGAUGUCUUUUUGCGCUGGUCUAACAAGCAGGCACCCGAGUCCAAAGCAAGAAAAUUGACAGGCCGUGCGAGACAGCCCGAUGCCAUCAUAAACAAUGUUGAUCAGUUGUCUUGGGGUCCCAGUAGGGGGCAUGGCGAGGCUAAGGUACAAGAAGAAGAAAAAAAUCUAUAUAAUCUCUGUAGUGAUCUUGUCAGGGUUGCUGUCUUCAAUAAAGAUGGCAUUGAUUUUUAUCACAUGCAAUGCAUGCUUGGGUUUCAAGUCGUAGUCAUCGAAAUGGAAUCAAACAAGCGCGAUACGCUUGCUACGCCUAAUUUCAAGAAGUUAAUCGCAGACAGCCGCGAUCGGCAUCGUUAG